GCCGAUUGCUUCUUUGUGAUUGAUUCUCGGGUUUAUUGGGACUCGCCGGGUUUGGUCUUGCGAUGAUGAGGAUUGUGCUCGGGGCAGCUAUCCUCGCUGGGGAUUUUGAUAACCCGGAUCUUAUUAGGAUCGUUGUUUUUUAUGACGAAGCGACUAGGGCUUUCCUUUUUCGGGUUAGGAGGGAUUAGGUGGUUAGUUAUUGAGUUUUAUCGUUAUCUUUCUGAUUUCGACCAUUUAGUACCGGGAGCAGGGGAUUGGUGCUGGGAGCUCGGAGGAUCGAUAGCCGACUGGCCCGGUUUAUUCCCCCGGAUGGCGACCCCUUUCAAAUGCUAUACUUGUGGGGGCGAAGGGCACUUCGCUCGUGAAUGCCCCAGUAAACCGAAUGGGGGAGGUGGUAAUACCAACGGUGGGAGUCAGGCCACUACCCCGGUGACGCCUCGUUUUUGGACGCCCCGCAGGAAUCAGGUGGAUGAGGAGGAGGAGUUCCUGCGAGAGCUGAUUAACGAGAGGAAGGAGGAGAGGGCGAAGGGAAAGGAAUUGGAGGACCAGCGGAGGUUUGAUGAGAGACUGCGGACUGAGGUCGCGAAGUACACGGAGGCGACUAAAGCUGAAGUUAUGGCCGAGAUUGGGCGUCAAUACCGGGGCCACCGAGAGGAUUUGCGCCGGGAGGAACAGAUCCGAGGUUGGUCCUCUCCACCUGCACGAAGGGGACUCCAUAUGGGCUGUGACGAAGUUGAUCUUGGCACCGAUGAUCUGGAUGAGGAGAUCCGACGGCUGUCAACCCUGCGUGAGAAGCGUAGGAAGGGUAAGGAACCAGUUGGGACUAGGAGAUUUCGACAACCUGCCUUCUCUGAACCUGGUGAUGAUGGCGAUGGCACUCCCGCGCGAGCCGAGACGUCACGAAGGGCGGAAGCACGGGCCAGGACCAAGAUCCCAGCAGGAUCGGGGGCUGAUGGGUUCCUCCAGUUCAUUUUGGAUCAGAAGAAGGAGUUGAAGACCAUGAGAAUUGACGAGCUCAAAUGUAUCUGCACCAAGGAGUGUGUGCGAUACUGCACCAAGGGACCGUCGAUCGACCGAAUCAUCGAAGCACGGACCAAGCUCGCAUAUGACGGGUUUGUCUUCUCUCUCGCCACGUCUGCACCUGGAUCGCCGGAGGUGGACCUUGCUAACUGACUUCGACAUUUCUUUAUUGUCAGAUUAUGGGAUAACCUUUUGUAUG